AUGAUCAGCCCCACGCGGAAUUCGCUGCUGCUGUCGACGCCGAAGGCGUCAGAGGAGCGUCACAGCUGUCUGAGCAGUUUGGCCAGAUGGCUGCACAUGAACCUGAACUAUGUUGCCGGGAUCCUCCUGGGCGUCAACCUGGUCUUCAUGUGUUUGGAACUGGAGACACAAGGGCGAGCAACAGGGCACCUUUUGGGACUCCAGUCGUUGGUGACGGAGGUGCAGGACUCGCAGCCUGUGUUUCGAACCCUGGAUGUCGUCUUCGACCUUGCAUUCCUAAGUGAGCUUCUGCUACGAAUCGCACUUGACAGAUGUGGCUUUUUUAGAUCGUGUGCCAAUUGGUUCGACAUGUCUUUGGUGCUUGUGGGGGUGUGCGAUAUCUGCUUGUUCUUCACCCUCGGUGCGGAGAGCAAUAUCGCUGCGGUGCACGUCAUUCGCGCGCUGCACACUCUGCGUGCCAUCCGCCUGCUGCGGAUAUUUCGACUUUUCCGAGGUCUGAAGCUCCUGAUCCGGGCCUGCCAUGCCUUCCUACCGACUUUGGGAUGGUCCAUGGUUUUGCUUGGGCUCUGCAUGGUCAUGAGUGGUCUCCUGGUUGGUCAGCUGCUGCAGGUUUUCCUCUUGGACGACAUGUUGGCAGCCGAGCACAAGCGCUGGGUGUUCCAGCGGUACGGCACGGCAUAUCGAUCUAUCUACACGCUUUUCGAGAUAACUUUUGCUGGCAAUUGGCCUACAAACAUUCGUCCUGUGCUUGAGAAUGUCAGUGAUCUGUUUGUGAUACCCUUCGUGUUAUACAUCACCAUUAUAACUUUCGCUGCUCUUCGCGUGAUAACGGCCGUAUUUCUCAAGGACACUUUGGAAGCCGCUCAGAAUGAUGCAGAACAUCAAGUCACAGAGAAGCUAAAGCGGAAGGCGCAGUAUGUCGAAAAGCUGGAAGCAAUGUUUUGGGCCAUCGAUGAGACAGGCAACGGCAUGAUCACCGAGGAGCGCCUGAAUGCUUUGCUCAGCAAUUCGACCGUGCGCGCAUACCUUGAAACUUUGGACUUGGCUGUGCCGGAGGGCACAGCGCUUUUCCACAUUCUGGACAACGGCGACGGCGAAGUUACCAUGGAGGAGUUUAUCGAUGGCGUUCUACGCUGCAAAGGCCCAGCCAGAGCGAUUGACCAGGUGGCCCUGCAGGCUGACUUGAGGCAGCUGGAUCACAAGCUCACCUCGGCAUUGCAUUUGCUUAGUGAUCGCAGCACGAAGAAGGGUACAAAGACCAAGCCCAACAAAGUCGCAGAACAUCUUAAGGUUUUCCGCCUUGAUCAGUCGAUGGAGUUGACUGAUGUUACCAGGGUGCGAAGCCUGCGCUCUGGGCGGUCUGGCAGAUCUGGAUCCAGCGCAAGUGUGCACGCAUGGAAUUGCCUGUUAAGUGUUUCACCAUGGCCAAGCGUCAAGGUGGAGGGCGUCUGCAGCCUGACAGAAGCACUGUCAAGGCAACGAAAAGUUCGCCCACAGCUGGAUGGGUGGUUGAACCAGAAGGAUGCUGCCAUGUGGCUGAGCGCAGUCGACUCCUUGGCUUUCAGUCUGGAUGCUGCGGAAGUCGAAGAAGCUUUCUUGACGACCUUUUUCUUUGGCUACUGGGCGUCGAAGACGAUGGCUCCCCAGGUGAAGCUGCGUGGCUUCGAAGCCAGUUAUCGCAGCUCCAGCAUGCAGGCAGCAGUGGCAGCAGAUCUGCCGCGUGAGGCAAUGGAGACGUUGCUGCAAGAGCUGACAGCGGAAGCCGCAAAGUAA